AUGACUAUUCAAUGUCUCAUUUUGGAUAAGGAUGAAGUAGAUUUUAGGAGAAACUUAAUGUGUGGAUAUCCUAUCUUGUUGUGGGAUCAUGGAGCCGAUGCCUUUCCUUAUACUUUUGAGAAGCUGCAAGAGCUUAGAGCGAAUGACUGGCCAAUAUGGGAAACUCCCUCUACAUCCACAUUCGAGGGGCUACUAGGUUGCAGUCCUUCUGAUUUUGUUUAUAAGAAUAAUACAGCAGGUGAUUGUGAGCAGGUGACUAUCUCGGAACUUACUGAGAAGGUGGUGGCCUUAUACUUGACCGGUUUUGAUUCAUUCAUUCCGACUCUGCACAAGGUCUAUGAGCAUUGCAGGGCUCAGAAUCUGGCAUUUGAGAUUGUGCUUGUUUACAUGCCCUUUGAUGACUGUCUUGAUCCUGAUAUAUACAACGCGAAAGUGGAUAGUGUGUUACAAAAGCAGAACAUAUCUUGGUGGAGAUUGCCCUUCAAUAACUCAGUAAGCCGCAGGCUCAAGAGGCUCACCAAUGGACCACGAUAUGUGGAACUGUAUGGCGCGGAGAUCAUAGACCAGUUCGGGAUAGAAGGAUUUCCGUUCACUAGAGAAGGCAUUGUCGAAAGUGGAUUGAUGAGGCUUAGGGAACUCACCUUGGACUCUUUGUUGGUUUAUGGUUCACGAAAUUAUGUUAUUCGAGGAAAUAAUAAAAUUGUUGUGUCUGAACUCAAAGGCAGAAACAUACUUCUGUACCUUGAUUAUUACCUUAUGGAUAGCUUUACACUUUAUCAUGAAUUAUUGAUUUGGUAUAAUGAGAUUAAGGCAAAUCAUCCUACAUUCGAUGUGGUCUUUGUUCGCCUUCAGAGUAUGCACACUAGUACAAUUGAAGUGGAAGAUGAAUCUGAACUAUCUGCAGUAAUGCCUUGGUUAAUAUGUCCCUUUGACCCUGAUCAUUCAGCUUCCCUGGCGAAGAAAAUAUUCUUUAAAGAACAUACUCGCGGUACCCUCAUUCAGUUUGGAGAAGAUGGGAGGAUUUGCUCAACUCAAGUUCAAGACCUUCUGAGAAAUCAAGGACCUGAUUAUUUUCCUUUUGGUGAUAAUCUACGCCAGGAUGUCAUUUGUGAGCUUCAGAGUUGUAUCCAUACAUUUAUCGAUAUGAUGUAG